CACAAGAGUAGGCCGCCCAUUGCGCUACGGGGUCACCUUGACCAGCCUCAUUUGCCUCUCAAGGCCUCGGAGACUUACUGCAAGGAAGACCAGGGGGGUGGUUCCGCUGGUGCUGUGUCUUUUUUCCCGCCCUGCUGGGUUUUCUUUGUCAUCGCAGGCAGUCCAUGCGAGUCGAGGGUGCAUUCGGAUGAAAAGGUGGCCCGAAACCAAAACACACUCCUUUUUUUCUCACUCACUCUCUCUCUCAUUUCAGCUUCGUGCCGGUUCUUCCUUGCUAGGCUUGUUAUAGUGAAUUGGGUUAUUCGUGGAAAGGAGGGAAAAGAGGAUACCCUUGACAGGCUGGGCCCCUACAAUUGGAACCUUCUAGUGCGAUAAUGGAGAGUGCAAUGGCAAUGGCAGCUCUCAGACGCGCUGUAGGUCGCGGAUAGAAUUUAGGGUGGGGAGGGGGGGCGAGGUUCCGACACUUGGGUAUUAAAACCACCUCGGUCGCCAAACGACGUCGUGGCAUAUUGGAAACAAGGUCACCCUCACUCACUCAGUCAAGCUCGAUUUUGUCUUUUUCUUGACCUGAUAUUUUCUACCUUCAAUUCCAUUGUCCAUAAAACAAGCCAAUUGAAGAUUUUCAGUCCUUCUCCCCUUCCAAACAAAACGGCUCAACAACAAAAAUGGCCGUCACUCUUGAGAUCCCUAAUGAAUAUGGCUACGUGCUCCUCACCGUCGUCUCCACGGCCUUUGUGAACUUGUGGCACGGCAUGCAGACCUCCGCCGCCAGGAAGACGAGCGGAAUCGGCUACCCCAACGCCUACGCCACCCCCGAGCAGGCAGAGAAGAACCCUGAGGCCUACCGUCUCAACUGCGCCCAGCGCGCCCACGCCAACUUCACUGAGAACCUCGUCCCCUUCCUGCCAACCCUGCUGAUCGCCGGCCUGCGGUACCCCGUCCCCGCCGCCGCCGCUGGUGCCGGCUGGCUGGUGAGCAGGAUUGUGUAUACCAAGGGAUACACGAGCAAUGCCGGACCCAAGGGCAGAAUGGCGGGCUCGUUGGCUGGAUACCUGUGCUACCUGCCUCUGAUUGGCAUGGCUGGCUACACGGCUUUCCAGAUCUCUCAGGGCAACUGAGGGGAUUAUUGACAAGUGCUUGCCAGUAAGAGUAGAGAAAGAGUGAGAGGGAGGGGAAAUGAGAAACAACAUAGAGAGAGAGACACACACAGAGAGGAAGUCUGGUGCUAGAGGCUGUGCGUCUCAGCUCAGAAACUUUGUGUAACGGUACAUAAGACAUUUCAUAUAUUUAUAUGUAAGAAAAGGGCGUAGAACAAUAGAACAAGCCCACCUGUCCUAGAG